AUGUUUCCUAAAGAUAACACUGUAUAUGGUAGUUCUACGAAUGACUUCAAGCUCGGGGAGAUCCACCUGGCGCUCAAGCUGACCAAGGGGCAAGUGGAGGUCGAGGUCAGCAGCGCCCGGGGACUCCCCUCGGCCGCAUCGGGUCAGGAGCCAGACACCUACGUGAAGACCUAUUUACGGGAAGGUGACAAGCGCCUGCAGAAGCGGAAGACGCGCGUGACCAAGCACUCGCGGGCGCCCAAAUACAACCAAACGCUCCGCUACGCCACCCACGACGCGAAAGGGCGCAACCUGCUGGUGAUGGUGUGGGAGCGCCAGAGGGGCUUCGAGCACAACGUGGCCAUCGGCGUCGCGGAGAUCUGCAUGAGCAAGCUGGACCGAAGCCACCCGAUGGAGGGCUGGUACCGACUCCUGCCCGGCUCGAGCGUCAUGCGGGAGGACUCCGACUCGGCUGAGAGCGUGCGCUAGUCUCCGCUCCUUCGGGCGCUCGCGGGGGGCGGCCACACUCCGGGAUCCCUCGGCGAUAGUCUGGCGUUCGCGCGUCCUUUCGAAUCAUACGUGGAUUCGGAAAGAUGUCCUCGAACACACGUAGUCACUUGCGAUAUAAUAAAUACGAUUACGGAACACAAACAAACACAUGAAUAUCCUUUAACAUCCUAAAACACACGCACAUCUGUCUAGUCCCUAUUUUAACAUUCUUUCGAACUGAAACCUUUUACUAUAAUCACACCAAAGCACUUAUACAACAUGAAUCUAACACUAUAAGAAAUGCAGAAACAAAAGACUAUCGCCUCCUCGCUGUGUGGACCCCCCGGAGCUUGGGAUCAGGGGCAGCUGGGGGUAAGCAAGGGAUACAGGCAGUUCAGGCAACCAAGAGACGAGAGUGAUUGAACAAAAAUAAACGAACUAUAUACCCUAUUCGUCAUAAAGAAGGGGAAGGGAAGAACUCUUGAAUAUCCUAUUAAGAAAUAAAAGACGACAAAGAAGAAGAAGAAGCAGAAGAUGAAGAAGAAAAAAUAUAUGAACAGAACCACAUGAUAUAUCUUUGGGGAUUUUAAUAGUCAGGAAAAGUUACCUAUCAUUGUGUGGUCUCUCUCUAAGUGAAAACAAGAUAUCAGGAACACAUUCUUUAAGACUAAAGAAACACCUCAGCCCACGACACGGGUCACAAAUCACAUUUUGAUUGCAAGGAAUAUACAUCUGCGUGUUAUUUAUUCAUUAAUCUGUGAUCCAGAAAGGUACAUAGAAGUUUUUGGUCAAAUGUCGAUUUUAUUCCAGUUUGGACAGAUAAAAAGAUAGGGUAAGAAAAAUUAAACAAAUUGGCAUAUUAUCAUUGGAAUAUUAUGGGAUAUGACUACUGGGUUCUUGUAAAAUUUGCAUGUACAAAAUUAUCAAUGAACGUCUGAUUCGGCGAUUCUUAUUAUACAUGAAAAUAAAAACUAAGGAAGAGCGUAAAGAUCAUAUGAGAAUGGACAAAAUGAACUGAAAAUACAUUGUUGUAAUCGUCUUGAGUCUGUUGCAGUGCAUUAAUAUUAUAACUUUCUACAUUACGGGAAAACUAUUACGUUUCUGUGCAUCGUGAUGUUUAAUGGAUACGAAAAAAAAUAUAAUUGUUCUGAUGUUCUGAUUAUUAUAUUGUCUAUAAAAAAGGGUGAAAACUAAUGAAAUAAAUAUUCAUGUUGCUCCUUCCAAGGAAUAGCAACUCUUGCCUUCUUGCACACUUAAACCCUAGUUAGAAUAUGCUGUUUUGUAACGUGACUUUGCUAUCAUAGUUUAGGUACUGGCUUUUCAAAAAAACAACAAAACUAUACUGUACAGAGACUACCCAUUUCCACGAUCUGUAUAGCAUGUAUGUCCUUGGGUGUACAACCACACGUCAGGCAUAUAGUGACCGUCAUAUGUCACCCCUCCCCCCCCUUCCCCCUUCGAGAGUGUUGUUAUCCAAACACGAUUAAGGUUGAUGUUAUCCUCAUGGUCCCACCUCAGCAUCUGAGUACCACAGUAUAUCAGUUUCCGACUUGUAUGUGACAGAUUCGAAAUUCGAAUGAUAUUUGCUGUAUUCAUCUAAAUGUGAUCCUUCUCCCCUUACCCCCAACCCCCUUUUUGUGUGUCUUGGAGUUCCCCCUCCCCUCCCCCCUCUAAAAAAAAAACGUUGUGUAUGACAAUCACAUUUUAGGUAUCUGAUCCAUGCUGUAGCUAUAGGGCUGAGGUUUUUAGCAUUAAGAAAAGCAGUGGGAUUAUCCUGUUGUGGCGAAAGUAAUCGAUAUUAAGUAAGAAGGGAAGAGGCCUCCGGAGGUAAGUGUGGGGAAUGGCGAUGAGACAAUAAAUCUAAUUCGUUGACAUAUUGCUUGGCUUGGGAUUAUCAUAAGUUAAGGCGGGUGCGUAAAUGUCGUCCCAUCAUUA